AUUUAAACGUCCUCCAUUUUAAGCUUGAAAAACCUGAGACUCCAUUAAUGAGAUUCACGGACAGUGAUUCUUCAUGGCGAGGGCUCCAUCACCCAUCUUAAUCUUUAUACGCCAAAACCCUCGAACUCGCCCAAACCCUAACACCCAGAUCCGAAACCUUGCCCUUGAAAUCAGAGAAGCUGAUUGUGGCGGCGGAGUAAUCAAGCCAAACCCAGAUCAUGAGCCAUCACGAAACGCGCACAAUGAGUUUACUGAGAUUGCCAAAGAGGUUUGUAAGAUUACUCGCACGAAACCCAGAUGGGAGCAGACCUUGGUCUCCGAUUUCCCUUCCUUCAAUUUCUCUGAUCCCCGGUUCUUCAACGAGCUGAUAAAGCACCAAAACAAUGUGCUUCUGUCGCUCCGCUUCUUUCACUGGCUAUGCUCUUGUGAUGGUUUCUCACCUGACCCGUUGUCGUUGAAUACCCUUUUUAAUGCGCUCGUGGAGGCCAAGGCCUGUAGUGUUGCAAAAGACUUUCUUGAUUAUACAGGUUUUAAACCUGAGGGGGCUUCUUUGGAGUGCUACGUUCGUUGUCUUUGUGAGGUUGGGUUGGUCGAGGAAGCGCUUGAUGUGUUUGAUAGAUUAAGAGGGGAUGGAAUUAACCCGUCGAUAGCGACUUGGAAUUCGGCUUUAUCUGGUUUUCUUAAGGUUAGGAGAACUGAUCUCGUUUGGAAAUUGUACGGGGAGAUGAUGGAAUCCAAUGUUGCGGCAAAAGUUGAUGUUGAGACUGUUAGGUAUCUUAUUCAAGCUUUUUGUGAUGAUGGUAAAGUUUCAAAAGGUUAUGAACUUCUUAGGCAGAUUUUGGAAGAUGGUUUUGACCCUGGGAGUGCUACUUUUAACAGAUUGAUAUCUGGGUUUUGUAAGGAGAGGCAGUAUGACAAUGUAUCUGAACUUCUUCACACCAUGAUCGCAAAGAACCAUGCUCCCACUAUUUUUACUUAUCAGGAAAUCAUAAAUGGGCUCGGCAAGAGAAGAAAUUGGCUAGAGGGUUUUCGGAUCUUCAAUGAUCUAAAGGACAGAGGGUAUGCCCCAGAUAGGGUCAUGUACACAACAAUGAUACGUGGUCUUUGCAAAUUGAGAUGGCUUGGUGAUGCUAGGAAGUUGUGGUUUGAGAUGAUUCAGAAGGGGUUUAUUCCAAACGAAUACACAUACAAUGCACUGAUUUAUGGGUUUUGUAAGAUUGGUAAUCUUGAAGAGGCUAGGAAGCUGUACAAGGAGAUGUGUGAUAGAGGUUAUAGAGAAACCACAGUGAGUUGCAACACGAUGAUUGCAGGUUUGUGUUUAAAUGGAAGAGCGGAUGAUGCUCGUGGGUUAUUUGAAGAAAUGCCUCAGAAGAGUGUUAUUCGUGAUGUGAUCACUUAUAACACUCUGAUUCGGGGCUUUUGCAGGGAAGGCAAGAUAGUCGAGAGUAUAAAUCUGUUAAAAGACCUGCAGGUGCAGGGUUUGCAGCCAUCAACAGAGUCGUUUACCCCAAUUAUUGAAAAGCUUUGUCAGAUGGGAGAGAUCCAAGAAGCAAAAAAGUUAUGGGAUGAUAUGGAAAGUAGGGGUCUGAUACCAAUGGUUUGUACUCGUGAUCAUAUCAUUACUGGCUUAUGCGAUCAAGGAUUCAUUGAGGAGGGGAUGGAAUGGUUGUUAGAAAUGCUGAAGCGUAAUCUCAAACCAAAUAGAAGUACUUUUGAGAGACUGAUCCAAUGUCUCUCACAAAUAGAUAGGCCUGAUGAUACUUUACUUGUAUUAGAUUUUAUGUUUAGGAUAGGUUAUACUCUUCAAAAAGGCACAUGCCAAUCUUUAGUUAAUAAACUUUGCAAAGAGAAUUCCCAUUUUGUUGAAGCACUUCUAGGGGAGGUCUUAGAAAGAAUGUGAUGGAUCAGGAUUCUUCUUGAUAUGUUGUUUGUAACUUCUAUACCUCAUUUAUGAUCAAAGGCAUGGAAAUGAUCAAUUGGCUGUGAAACAAGAGUUAUCUUUCGUUUUCUAAUGAAGAUUUCUCACCUGUCAAAAAAAGAAAAA